AUGGGGCUGCAGCACCACGACCCGUCGGGGGAGCUCCGCCUCGUGGUGGGGCUGCACGGCCCGCAGGACGUGUCGACGCUGGUCUGCCUGAUGGAGGCGCUGCGGUGCGGCGGCGAGCUGGCCGCCUACACCGUGGACAUGGUGCAGCUGACGGACCAGACGGCGGUGGCCAUCGUCAAGGGAAGGGGCUUCGACGGCAUGACGGUGGUGGACGAGGAGGUGUUGGAGAUGCGCAAGCUCAUCGGCGAGGCGCUGGACGCGUACCAGGCGGAGUGCGGCGGGCCCGGGGGCAUGAGGGUGCGGCGGCUGCUGGCGCUGUCGUCAUUCCCGGACAUGCACAGCGGCAUCUGCAUGUGCGCCGAGGACGCCAUGGCGGCACUGGUGUUGCUGCCCUUCCACAAGGCGCAGCGGGUGGACGGGAGCAUGGACGCGGGCCACUUCGGCUUCCGGCUGGUGAACCAGAAGGUGCUCCAGCUGGCGCCGUGCUCGGUGGGUGUGGUCGUGGACCGGGGCCUCGGGAAGCAGGAGCAGGCGGUGAUGGUGUUCAUCGGCGGCGCGGACGACCGCGAGCCGCACGUGGCGGGCGGCGGCAGGGGCAUGGGGUACCUGGAGAAGCAUGUGGCGGGCGGCGCGGAGCUGGUGGCGGUGCUGCGCGGCCUACAGUCGGAGUACCGACUCUUCAUGGUGGGGCGCGGCCGCGAUUGGAGCUCGGUGCUGAUGGAAGGGCUGGACGAGUGGGCCGAGUGCCUGGAGCUGGGCCCCGUCGGCGACAUCCUGGCAUCCUCCGACUUCUCGCCCACCGCCUCCGUGCUCAUCGUACAGCAGUACGACGCCAAGAAGCACUACAAGGUCAUCGACGACGAGUUCUUGCCCUUGUAUCUAGCUAACUAG